CGUUGGCAGGUGGCGUGGGCGCCCGUCAGCUCAAAGCCAGUGACUUGAUUCCGCAACGCAGUGCUAGUCGCAAUUCCAAUCGAGCGUCCUUUUGGUCAGGAACAAGACCCAGACGAGUUGAUGAUGGACUUGGAAGCGGCCGUGAUGGGUUGGCAGCGACGGCGAUAGCAGAGGCGUACAGAAGUAUACGACUGAUGGUGGAGAAGGUGGCAGGAUGUGGAAGAGGCGGUGGGUGGCAGCGGGAAGGUUGAAUGAGGAAACGGGAGAUGGUCAUUCAUCAAGCAGAGACGCCUUGGUUGGCGAGCUGGGGGGAGCGCCGACGGAAGAUGCAGGCAGCGGCUGGUGGGCCGUGGAAGUGACCAGAAAUGCUGGGACAACAGUGGCCGGAUUGUCAUCACAGCGGGCUAAGUGCCCACCAUCGAUCAAAGGGGGCAUGGCCUUGGCUGAGCCCAGCGCCCUCGUGCCUGCCACGAAAGGCGAGACAUGGGUGGUGGCCAACGGAAAUGUGGAUCGUCGAGUUGAGAACGGCACGGCACAUACUGGUCAGAGCGCUGGGAAAGACAAGGGCAAGCACGCAUUAAGUCGCCUCUACACAUUCAGUUCCGUUCCAGUGGCUCCACACGCCAGCUGGUUAUGCUGCGACUCGCAUGCCCCAUUCUCCAAAUGGGGACCUGCUCACGAUGGGGUAUCCGGCAAUGUCCGCUUAAUGAUGAGUCGGCCAGAUUCCUGGCGGACAACCGGAUACUCGGCGAUGGCCACAUGGUUGCGCGAGAUUGCGCGGCCAUGA